AUUACUGCAUGGUGCGUUUUUUUAAAUCUAUUUCUCUUUAUAUCAGAGAACAUCAGUUCUGAUUAAAUGUAAACGAUGUUAAGCAACUGUGUGGGUCAAGGUAACUGAUUUCCGGACAUUUUUGUUAUCGGUAUCAUUCUGGCCUCAGCAGGCUUUUCCAGCUGGUCUCUUAUUUUGGCUUCUGAAAUCAAUGAUAAUCACUGACACUGUUGUUUGAGCUCCAGCAGCCGCCAUUACGAAGAGAGAAUUGACCUUUAAUUUAACUGUAUAAAAAGUUUACCUUCACCUCCAGAAUUUUACAAAGAAUCUGAUGAGUUAAUUGAGAAAUAAUUGAUGUUUUUGUGUCUUUUUGUUGUAGAACAAUUACAACAUCUAAGAUAUACAGUAAUAUUCUAUUGGAGGAUUAGGCUUUGGUUUUUUUUAAUAAGAGUGAUUGUCUCUGCCACCUUCAGCCAGACAUUACAGCGAGAGAUCCUUCAGGUCACUGUAGGGCUGGCCCAAGGGUGGAGCUUAGGGAGGGCCCACAGAUCGACAGGGCUGGAGUUUCUUCAUAAGACAGCUGGCAGGCACAGGUAUGGAUGUGAGGUGAGGAGAACCACAAUAAAGUAAGUGAAUUCAUCAGACAGAUUCCCAUUUAAAACAUUUUUUAUGAAAAGGGCAGCAGAAGUCUGGAUUAAUUUAACAGGAUAAGCCCUUGCAAAAUAUAGGUUGCAUGUGAAAAUUUUAGCUUUUUGCAUAUACUUAAAAUAAAUGCUAUACGAAACAUCUGAUAAGUUAUGUGCAAAAAAGCUGCUCAGUCAGUUUAAACUUGCUACAUUCAAGCUAGAAAAUUAUUAGGCUGAAUUUCUGUGAAAAAUAUACCUUUGACAAAAGACACAUAUAAAUGAAUAAGAUGAAGAUUUAGCUAUAGUAAAACCACCAAUAUUGUUCCUGUUUCUCUCCAUCAGGAUGUCUAUGGACCUGUAUAGCCCCAACAUGGGUGAGACUGGGGCCUCCAUUUGCCAGGUGAAGCAGCUGCCCUGCCACAGCGUUCCUCUCCUUCGCCUGAAGGACUGUGGGCACCACACACAAAACCCCUCAAACCUCUCUCACAAGCCAUGCUUGAGCGAUCCAUCCCAGGUUGCUUCCUGUGGGACUGCCACAGCCCUCCGGCACAGGGUCAGUGGGGCCACAGCAGGCACCUGCAACAGCCCCAACUAUACUGGUUCUAAACUGAGACAGGAGGUGGGAGCAUCAGCCUGGGAUGGCUACAAAGGGAAGAUGUUGGUGACAGGAGGAGGAGGAUAUUUUGGCUUCAGGCUUGCGAAAGACCUGGCCAGCGAAGGGAUGACAGUGAUCCUUCUGGAUGUAAACAAGCCUCCCUGGGAUAUUCCUGAUGGAGCAAUCUUCUUUCAGAAUGACAUACGGGACUAUUCCUCCCUGCAUAAAGUGUGUGAAGGAGUGGACUGCAUAUUCCACACAGCAUCUUAUGGCAUGUCUGGACCAGAGCAGCUGAGGAAGGAGCAGGUGGAGUCAGUCAAUGUUGGAGGAACCAGUAAUGUCAUAAAUGUAUGUAAAGAGAGAGGCAUCCCCAGACUGGUGUACACCAGCACCACCAACGUGGUGUUUGCCGGGAAACCAAUUGUGGAUGGAGAUGAGGCCUCUGUGCCAUAUGUGCCCAGUGAUUUGCACAUCGACCACUACUCCAGAACUAAAGCAGUGGCGGAGCGGAUGGUCCUCUCGGCCAAUGGAUCCUCCGUGAAAGGUGGAGGGACACUGCAGACCUGCGUCCUGCGCCCCUGUGGCAUCUAUGGACCAGAGGAGAGGAGACAUCUUCACAGAGUGAUGAUGAACGUGGAGCGGCGCCUGUUCAGCUUCAGGUUUGGAGACCCAGCAGCCAGGAUGAACUGGGUCCAUGUAGAUAACCUGGUACUGGCCCACAAGCUGGCAGCUGAGGCUCUCACAAAGACGAAAAGCUGCGUUGCUAGCGGGCAGGCAUAUUUCAUCAAUGAUGGCAUUUCCGUCAAUCUGUUUGAGUGGCUGACACCUUUGUUUGAAAAACUGGGCUACAGCAGACCAUCAAUAAAUCUCCCGGUUUCACUCGUCUAUUCAGCAGCUAUUCUGGUGGAGUAUUUACACAUGAUUCUGAGUCCGGUGAUCAAAGUGCCUCUGCUUUUUACCAGUAGUGAGAUCAGAAACAUCACAGUGAGCCAUACCUUUAAAAUCGAUAAAGCCCGUGGAGAACUGGGUUACAGCCCGAAGCUGUACAGCCUGGCAGACUCCGUGGAGCACUACCUCAAGAGCCGACAGUCUCGGGCCUCCCCGCUGCCUCUCAACUGGUCCUCUAUCAGGCAGCUGACCCAAUGGGACGUCCUGCUGCCGCUGAUGGGUCUCAGCCUGGUGCUACUCAUAUUCUAUGGCAUCCUUAGUUGGAGCUAAAUACUUGUUACGAUGUGGGAGGGAGAGGCUUUCAAAACUGAUUGUUGCAACUAAUUUUUCUUUCUUGGUUCAAUUCAACACAUCUAGUGUCCCAUUUCUAUUUUUCCUCUUUGAAAGAGGGCUACUUUCCCCAACAUAGGCUUGCACAAAAUUCUUCUUCUACCUUUCAAAGUCAUGUAAGCCUGAUUUAAAAAUCAUUUUAAAAGCUUGAAAGUAUUAAAGCAGAUUUAUGUUUAGGAUAAGAAUUUAACAGUUUAAUGUAACUAUUUGGGCUAUUUAAAUGAUAAAAAAACAACAAUAUAUUACUUUGUAUGAAUAUUAUCCAAAUUGUAAUUUAUUGUAUUUAAAGAAUGCUUCCAGUUUGUACGAUAAUGUUUUGUAGUGAAUGCUAAUUAUUAAUGAGGUAGUUAUUUUGUACAUUUUUAGAAAUAAAAUCAUUACAAAGAAUAAAAUAUGUAUUAAAUAUCAAAGACAAUUUUUUUCUGUUAUUAAUAAAAAUAAGGAAAAAUAUUUUUUUCUAUAAUAAGGGAAAUCUUUAAUCCUUGGAUGUGCCUUCAUUUUAUGCUACACCUGUAUGUAUACCUUAUACGUUCACUAAAGAAAUUGUCUUUUAAAUAUUGUCAUAGAAAUAUAAUUUUUCUAGUUCUUUCUGAAUGUUCUAACUAAAGUCCUCAUUUUCUGUAAUUGUCAUGAGUG